AAAUAAUUUAGUUUGAAUUCUUCUGCUGAAUAAUAAAGAUGAAGUCGGAAACACGAACAAUAAUUAGUGCAAUUUAUCUGUGGCUAUUAUUUUUCACCACCUCAACUGCUCAGGAAUGCAGACCACAACAGUAUCAGAUGUACUCUACACAGCAGGUGCUCAAUAUAACCUCUCCUAACUAUCCGAAUGCAUAUACGCCAGGUAGUAGUUGCCGUUACAAAAUACUUGCGCCUUUGGACCACGUGGUAAUACUUAAUUGCGUGUUUGAAGUGUAUCCUAAUUCAUGUGGCUCUGAAAACUUUUACGUCUCUCGUGAUGGGGAUUUUCAAUAUCGGGAUGCCGAAAUAUUUUGCAGCAGUGGCAGUAUUAGACGCACCUCACUUUUCCGGUCUAUAACCUUCGCCUAUUCUUCAAUAGCAACUACAACGAACUUACGUGGACGUUUCUUUUGUCAAGCAAUAACACGACCCCAGUCCUGUGAUUGUGGUUGGUCAUUUACACCCAGGAUCACAAAUGGGCAGGAAGCUAACAAGCAUGAAUAUCCAUCUAUGGUUGCUUUGCGCGAUAUCACAUCUCCACAGCUCAUUUUUUGUGGUGGCAAUAUAAUUAGCCAUCGGCACAUACUAACGGCUGCACAUUGCACGAGUACUCAUCGGGAUCCAUCCAGAAUAAUGGCUUAUGCGGGUGACCACGAUUUGAGUAGUACUACAGAAUCGGCUUUCGCUGCUCAGUAUAACAUUCAACAAAUUAUACAGCAUCCAGGUUACAUAUCCAACUCCGCAGCAGUUGCUAAUGACAUCGCGCUAUUGGUUACCAGUCGAAUUAUCGAAUGGUCCCGAGGCGUUGGACCGGUUUGCCUGCCAUAUCGACAAUCAGCGGAGUCUUUUACGUAUUUAUAUGUUAAUGUUGCUGGUUGGGGUACACUUACCUUCGCCGGCUCGAAGUCCAAUACUUUGCAGAAGGCAGAGCUACUUACGAUGGACAAUCGGGCCUGCCAAAUACAAUACAAUUCCACCAUUUUACCUUCGCAGAUCUGCACUUAUGACUACAGCGGUACGGGAAGAGACUCCUGCCAGUAUGACUCCGGUGGUCCAGUAAUACAGAAGCAGACACGCAUGUACCUCAUAGGCAUCAUAAGUUUCGGACGUACUUGUGGCACUCGUUAUGCCGUCGGCGUCAAUACUAGAAUCACCGCAUUUUUGAACUGGAUUUGGAGCUAUGUGGGUGGAAACAAUAUUUGUGUUAUUUAAUGAAAAAAUAUUAUCAUAAUAAAAGCGCAGGGAGC